AUGCGCCCUCUCUUCGGCCGGAGAGGAGUCGGCUGGGAAAUGGCGGCCGCGGGGAUAGUGGCUGUUACUGCGGCUGCGGAGAACUCGGGGCUAGCAGCGUCGAGCAGCAGUUUCUGCGGGGUAAACUGCGGCCCAAGUCCCGGGACGGGCCUGGGUCCGGCCUCGUGGAGCCGUUCCCUCGACCGGGCCUUAGAGGAGGCGGCAGUAACGGGGACGCUGAGCCUGAGCGGCCGGAAACUGAGGGAGUUUCCCCGGGGAGCGGCCAACCACGACCUGACGGACACCACCCGGGCCGAUCUAUCAAGGAAUCGCCUCUCAGAAAUUCCUGCAGAAGCAUGCCACUUUGUUUCCCUUGAGAGUCUCAACUUGUAUCAAAACUGUAUUCGGUAUAUCCCAGAGGCAAUUCUGAAUCUACAGGCAUUAACAUUUCUAAAUAUCAGUCGGAACCAGCUUUCAACAUUGCCAGUACAUAUGUGUAAUCUCCCACUGAAAGUCUUGAUUGCCAGUAACAAUAAAUUGGUCUCUCUUCCUGAAGAAAUUGGACAUCUCAGAAACUUGACAGAGCUUGAUGUGAGCUGUAAUGAAAUUCAGACACUACCUCCCCAAGUUGGCAAUCUGGAGUCUUUGCGAGACCUUAACAUCAGAAGAAAUCACUUAGUGCGUUUACCUGAAGAGCUCGCCGAUUUGCCUUUAAUACGGUUAGACUUCUCCUGCAAUAAGAUUACAUCCAUCCCUGUUUGUUACCGGAACCUCAGGCACCUACAGAUGAUCACCCUAGAUAACAACCCCCUCCAGUCUCCUCCUGCACAGAUAUGUAUAAAAGGCAAAAUCCAUAUAUUUAAAUACUUGAACAUACAAGCAUGUAAGAUUGCUCCAGACCUGCCAGAUUAUGAUAGGAGGCCUAUGGGAUUUGGCUCCUGCCCUGAAGAAUUGUACUCAAGUCGUCCAUAUGGAGCCCUUGAUUCUGGUUUUAAUAGUGUGGACAGUGGUGAUAAGAGGUGGUCAGGGAAUGAACCUACAGAUGAAUUUUCAGAUUUACCUUUGCGAGUAGCAGAGAUCACUAAAGAACAGAGACUGCGAAGAGAAAGCCAAUACCAAGAAAACCGAGGCAGCACAGUGGUAACAAAUGGUGGAGUGGAACAUGAACUGGAUCAGAUUGACUAUAUCGACAGCUGUGCUACAGAAGAAGAGGAGGAAGAGAUGAGGCAACCCAAGUGCCUGGAUUCAGACAGCCUCAGCUCACAAUUCACAUCAUAUAUUGAACAGCGGCGAAUUUCUCAUGAGAAUUCACCAGUAAAGCCAGUACCCAUUAGAGAUUUUCAAAGAACAGAAGACACCAGGAGAUACUCUCAUCAAAACAGGAUUCCAGUUGAAGCAUCUUAUCUUCUAACACUGUCACAGAGUCACAGUCAGCUUUCACAGACAGACACAGAAUUUCACCGGAGACGAGAGCAGUUAGUAGAGCGUACACGGAAAGAAGCACAACUUGCUGCCCUGCAGUAUGAAGAGGAGAAAAUAAGGACCAAACAAAUACAAAGAGAUGCUGUUUUGGACUUUGUCAAGCAAAAAGCAUCACAGAGCCCACAGAAACAAAGCCUUCCUGAGAGUGAGUGUCCCUUUCCAUCCAGAAGGUCUCAACACACUGAUGAUAGUGCCUUGUUAGUGUCGAUGUCAGGGUUGAGUCAAGUGGGCUGUGCUACUACCCUGCCUCAUUCUUCUGCCUUCAGACCUCUCAAGAAUGAUGACAGACCCACCAUCUCACCAGGUUCACCUACAACCCAAACAGUACACCUUUGCCCUCCAUAUUCUCCUGCUACUUCUACCUUUAGAAACCAGCUCCAGCGGCCAGAAAGUUUCCUUUUCCGAGCAACUGUCAGAGAUGAAACAAAUCAAGGUCAUUCCUCUCCGCUUCUUUCUUCUGCUGCUUCAACAACUGAAUCUGCCGAUCCCAGAUCAAGACAGAAUUCCAAACAACGUGAGGAAGAGUUGGAAUUAAUUGAUCAACUACGAAAGAAUAUUGAGUUCCGGUUGAAAGUUUCUCUUCCUUGUGAUCUUGGAGCAGCUCUUACUGAUGGUGUUGUUCUUUGUCAUUUGGCCAACCAUGUGCGUCCUCGAUCUGUUCCCAGUAUUCAUGUUCCCUCCCCUGCUGUACCUAAAUUGACAAUGGCUAAGUGCAGGAGAAAUGUGGAAAAUUUCCUAGAGGCUUGCAGAAAAAUUGGUGUACCUCAGGAGCGAUUAUGUUUGCCUCUCCAUAUUUUAGAAGAAAAAGGUUUGACCCAGGUAGCAGUGACCGUCCAGGCCCUCCUUGAACUUGCCCCACCCAAGCAACAGCAGCACCAGUUGUCUGCUGUGUAAAGACUACCAGGACCUUGAGGGUUUGUCUUGGCCAAGCAGAAGAGAGAGAUGAUGUGACUACCACUGCCAGGCAUCUGGUUUUUUGAAAGUGUGUAUGGGUGUGUUUUCUUAGAAGGGAAUAUUUCCAGAAUUCCUGACAGGAAUGUUUUGCUUCAUUUCUCCAUUUUAGGGGAGAUCAUGCCAUUUGAUUUUAAGGAAUACUCUGGCCUCCCUUAUUUGGUCCUGUGGGAGGAUUAUUGUUGAACUAGAAGAAUUACCGGCCCAAACUGACUACUCAGCUUUAAUAUGAUGUUUUAUUGUGCAAUGGGUUACUUUAAGAUACCCAAUAGAAUUUCCUCGAAGGAACACAGUUUGGUCCCAUUAAGACUCAAUCAUGAUACCUUCUUAUCCUCUUCCGUAAGUCCUACAAAAAGAAUUAAGUAUUGACUUUCUGAAGUAAUGUUCCAUCAUUUAUUUGUUUUUUCCAGUCACACAUGAGAAUCAGUUAAACUAAAAGCCAUGUUAUGUCAUAUCAAAGCCAGAACAAAAAUAGUACAGUGUGAUUCAUCACAGGUGCACGUAGAUGAGUCUCCUCCGAAGAAUCUGCAUAUAACAUGAUACAGAGGGUAGAGCUUAUCUGCUCCUAAGCCCGAUGCCCCAGGUUUGCCCCCCUCCAUCUUCUCCCACUUCCACUUGUGUCCAGACUUUGUAGGAAAAAGUUCUAUCUAUCAGUUGACUGGAGUCUUUGAUUAUUUUUCUGAGGCGGCAGAUAGAUCUUUGCAAACAGGUUCUCAAUUCUUGAGGCUUAAGAAAAAAGAUCCUACACCAUCAUUCCCAUUCCCAUUUUUUUUCAGAGCCAUCACCUCUUCAUUACAGUCACCAUAGCACUAGAUGAGAGAAGACAAGGCAAACACUCCCUGAGUCUUCAAGCUAACAGAAUGCCUUGAAAAACAAGCAGAAAAGUAAAGACAGUCUUCAGUUCCUUUUAGGUCUAAGCCUAUGCUAAUUUCCAUAGUUGAAUUUAGUUAUGGGCAUCUUAGAAAAGUGGGGAAUCUACUGAGAAACAGCAUGCUACACAGAAAGAUCAGUGGACCUGAAGGCCUGGGUUUGAGGCCCAGUUCUUCUGCUGGCCUUGUGGCUACGGCUAAAACACUCACCUCCCUGGGUCUCAGUUUCUUCAUCUGUAAAAGGAAAGAGUUGGACUAGAUAAUAUCUGUUUUCUUCUAGCACUGAUAUUCAGUGCUCACCUGUCCUAAAGAUAUCACCUUGUUUUGAAGUCUGUCACUGAAGAAGAAACCUUUCAAAGGACCCUUAGCCAGUGACUUAAGCCUGACCCAUUCGCCACUUUUACUAUUAACCUCAUUGCCAGUUCUCUCAUAAGUUAGAUCUCUCAGGAUUAGCUGCCUCUGUAAACCAAAUUAAUAGGGUCUGGAAGGGAUGAGGAGCCAUCGUCUAGAUUCUUGGAUGUCAGUGUGUGGCCUUAGGUGUGAGACUUCAUUUCAGUGGCAUAGUCCUCUUUAGAUCGUGUGCCUGUGUUCUCAUCCUGCACGAUUCUUAGCUGUCUAUUUCCCUAAAUCCUCCCUAGAAGGCCCAUCCAUUGCAUUAGACAUGGUCCUUUGGUUUUCUUCAGAGCCACCCUAGCCAUCUGCCAUCACUCAUUUCCUAGGGAGUGUCUUUAUGCCAUAUCUCAUGCAUGAAAGUAUUCUUGAUAAUAUGUCACAGCCUGAUCACCCAAGCAUGCCAGUGAUCAGAAAACCUGGGUUUGAGUCCCAGCUGAGCUACUACCACUCCUCUCCCUGAACCUCAGCAACCCUAUCUGCAGAGUGUAAGAAUUGGAUUAGAUGAUUUUUAGGAUCCCUUCCAGCUCCAAAUCCUAUGAACUUUUGGCAAAAUAAAAACCCUCUUAUUCUAGCAUAGAAAUCUGAAGCUUAACAAUGUGGGUCAUUUAGACCAGGUUUACAAUGGAACAACUAUUCAUGUGUUCUGGGAUGCAGUGGAGUCUGAUUCUGAGCUCAGAGCUACACCUGAUGAAGGUGGCUGGUUCUCAGGGAUGAGCAACAGCAAUGGAAUAAGGGUAGUGGGAGCCAGACCCCAUCGUUUUCAAGAGUCCACACAAACUCACCACACAAACUCACCAACCAUAUGACUUAGAACUUAAGAUUUAUGCUUGUGUGAAUUUUGUUUGUGUACUGACAAACUCCCACAGCCAGAGAUAAAGAGGUCUAUAAUAUUGAAAUAAAAAUAUAUCCAAAUGCAGGCACUGGCACCUAAAAAUCUGUAUGACCAAUCCCUGUCCCUAUACCCACUUAAUCACAUUAAGGAGUAGCCUAGUAUAGUAGAAGUAGCAUUGUUUGGCAUUUAAGGAUCUGGGUUCAAAUUCUGGCUCUCCUGCCUUCGACCUUUGUGGUUUUUGAGAAUUCACUUCACUGUUCUUCUGUAAGAUGAGCAUCUUCAUUUAUAAAAUGAAGGGGUGGUUCUUUCCAGCUUUAAAUGCUGUACUCUAGAUCUCCAGGAUAAAAAGAGGUACCUAAAACAAUGUCUCAGCUAUCCGUGUAUUUAACAUAGAACAUAUGUGAACUUGCUGCAGCUUCUCAUUGCAUUUUGAGUCAGGGUAGGAAUUUUUCUGUCUCCCUGCAGUUUUUUUGGUUGUAGUCAUGAAAAAGAAAAAUGUCAGCUGUGUUUUAAAUUGUAUUUUUCUGUGUCAAAAGCAAGAACC